UCCAAGCCAGCCCACAGUUAGUGGCCUUUUAAGCACUUCAACGAAACAAACUCGGGAGAAAUAUAUUUUUUUUUUUUUUUGUUGUGUUUCAAUUCAAUUGUGAUAUUUCACAUUCUUUUAAAAAUCACUUUGAAAACAAAAAACUGUGAAAAAAAAAGAAAGUGUACAAAAUGUUAAAACACUUACUGGUGUUGGCCAUCAUGUUGACAUCUUGUUAUGGCUUUGGUCAAUUUCAUAUGAAAAAAUAUACACCACCUGUCGACUCGGAUGAACAGGCAACAAAUAGUGUCCUAAGAACCUAUCGCCGUUGCCUGUGGGAACAAUCGAAAUCCUUGCCCAGGCGCUUGGUAUUGCUCAGUUUGUGCCAGAAUUUGUUUUGUGAAAACAAUCAAAUUAUGGCCAGAUCCAGGUCUAUUUUUGUAGUCGAAAAGAUGGCAAGACCCAAUGACUGCUUGGACAUUUUACCCGAUCAAUGUGAACAAGGCGAUGAAGAGGAGCUCAUGUAUAAACCAUUCCCCGAUUGCUGUCCUGUUUAUUGUAAUCUAAAGCGACGUAUGCAACGCUUGAAGACCAUGCAUUUCCGUCAUCGUUUGCUAUUGGAUUUGCAGCGACAACAGGCAGCAGGUGCUACAAAUCUAUUGCUCAAUGAAUAUGGAUUGGAGGGCAUUUAAGGGGAAAGCAUCACAACGCAAGCAGCAAAAAGUUAUGAUGUUAUGAAAAUGUCUAAAACAUGUAAAAUAAAUUUGUUAUAAGAAAAAGCAAAACAA